AUGGCGGAUAAAUCUUUAUAUCCUGAAGAGGAGCUCUGCUGUUCUGUGUGCUGUGAAAUCUUCAAGGACCCUGUAGUCCUGAAAUGCAGCCACAACUUCUGUAGAGUCUGUCUGCAGCAGUGCUGGGAAGAGAAGAGAUCUCGGGAGUGUCCUAUCUGCAGGAGGAAAGCCUCUAUGGAGGAGCCUCCUCUGAAUCUGGUUUUAAAAAACAUUGUGGAGUCUUACUUAAAGCAGAAGACUAAAGCUCGCUGCAGUCUUCAUGGAGAGAAACUUUUAUUCUUCUGUGAGGAGGACCAGGAAGCGGUCUGUGUCGUGUGUCAGACUUCAAAAAAUCACAGAACCCACCAGUUCUGUCCAGUGGAAGAGGCUGUGCUGGACUUGAAGGAGAAACUUAAGACUGCACUGAAUCCUAUUAAGGAAAAGCUGGAGAAAUUCACUAAAGUGAAACAAGAAUGUGAAAAAACAGCAAAACACAUCAAGACUCAGGCCCAGAACACAGAGAGGCAGAUAAAGGCAGAGUUUGAGAAGCUCCACCAGUUCCUGCGAGAUGAAGAGGAGGCCAGACUAGCUGCACUGAGGGAGGAAGAGGAGCAGAAGGGGAAGACUAUGAGUGAAAAGCUGAAGAUCAUUCAGGAGCAGAUCUCCUCUCUCUCAGACAGAAUCAGUGCAGUGGAACAGGAGCUGAAGGAAGAGGAUAUAGCAUUCCUCAAGAACUACAAGCAGACCUCAGUGAGAGCCCAGUGCACACUGCAGGAUCCAGAGCUGCUUUCAGGGGCGCUGAUAGAUGUGGCCAAACACCUGGGCAAUCUGAAGUUCAGAGUCUGGGAGAAGUUGCUGGGGAUGCUGCAGUACACUACUGUGACUCUGGACCCAAACACUGCACAUCCCAAACUCUCUAUGUCUGAAGAUCUGACCAGUGUGAGAAACACUGGAGUUAAACAGCAGCUUCCUGACAACCCAGAGAGGUUUGAUUACUGUGCGAGUGUGUUGGGCUCUGAGGGGUUUACCUCAGGAAAACACAGCUGGGAGGUGGAGGUGGGCAACAAACCUGAGUGGGACGUAGGAGUGGCUAAAGGGUCCAUCAACAGGAAGGGGAAGAUCACAUGCAGCCCAGAGGAUGGAUUCUGGGUUAUAGUGCUGAGGAAUGGGGAUGAGUAUAUAGCAUCAGGAGGUACACGCCUCACACUGAAGAGGAAACCCCAGAGGAUCAGAGUGCAGCUGGACUAUGACAGGGGGGAGGUGUCCUUCUAUGACCCCAGCGACAUGUCACACAUCUACACUUUCAAAGACACAUUUACUGAGAGACUCUUCCCAUAUUUCUCUCCCUAUGUAAAUAAAGAUGGCAGUAACCCUGGAGUCCUGCAGAUCUACCCAGUGAAGGCGUCCGUAACAGUGAUGUCAUCCCAUUGA